CUGUACCUCCUCCCUGAUGGUAACAGUGGGAAAAGGGCAUGUCCUGGGUGCUGGAGGUCCUUAAUAAUGGAGGCUGCCUUUCUGAGACACCGCUACCUGAAGAUGUCCUGGGUACUUUGUAGGCUGGUGCCCAAGAUGGAGCUGACUAGAUUUACAACCCUCUGCAGCUUCUUUCGGUCCUGUGCCCCUCCAUACCAGACAGUGAUGCAGCCUGUCAGAUGCUCUCCAUGGUACAUCUAUAGAAGUUUGUUUGCCUUCAUAGGACGAGACAAGAUGGUGGACUCCCAGUAUAUUUUGCCCAACGACAUUGGCAUCUCGCUGCUCGACUGCCAGGACGCCUUCCAGCUCCUCUCGAAGGAGGAGAAGCUGUACGCCCACUACAUUUCGCGCGCCUCCUGGUAUGGCGGUCUCGUGGUGCUGCUGCAGACGUCCCCAGAGUCCCCCGCCAUCUACGUCCUGCUGCAGAAGCUGUUCAAAGCCCAGCCCGUCAACGAGCUGCAGGAGACAGCCACGGCAGUGGGCAUGACCCCCGAGGAGUACCAGGCGUUCCUCGUGUAUGCUGCCGGAGUUUAUUCCAACAUGGGCAACUACAAAUCCUUCGGAGACACCAAGUUUGUGCCUAACUUACCGCAGGAGAAGCUGAAGGAGCUGGUCUGGCGGAGCAGGGCCUUCGAGAAGAACCCGGAGGAGAUGGAGAGGCUCUGGCGGCUGUGCGGAGAUCUGAUGUUCUCACUGGAAGACAGGCUGAAGCAGCUGGGACUGGGAGCCAAGGGCAUCACCACUUACUUCUCCGGAAACUGUGACCUGAAAGACGCAGAGCUGGCCCAGAAAUUCCUGGAUAGCAAGCGUAUCAGUGCUUACAACACCCGCCUGUUUAAGACCGCGGGUGAAGACGGGGCUCCCCUCUACGAGGUCAGGCUGGCCUCGGUCAUUAAGGACGACACCCCAUCGCAGGGCGAGUCCGACAACAAGUGCGGUGUGUACGAGUUUGAGGGCGUGAAGUUCAGAGUGACCCGCGGCGAUUAUUCUCCGCUGAUGAAGAAGGUUGUGGAAAACCUGGAGAAGGCCAAGAGCUACGCCUCCACCCCCAACGUGGAGCAGAUGCUGGGGCACUACACCCGCAGUUUCACCACCGGCUCCAUCGAAGCCCACAAGGAGGGCUCCAAACACUGGAUUCGUGACGAGGGGCCCAUUGUCGAGAGUUACAUCGGGUUCAUUGAAAGUUACCGGGACCCCUAUGGAUCCAGAGGGGAGUUUGAAGGGUUCGUGGCCGUGGUCAACAAGGACAUGAGCGCCAAGUUCUCCCGGCUGGUGGCCUCGGCCGAGCACCUCCUGCCAGAGCUGCCCUGGCCCAAGCAGUUCGAGAAGGACCGCUUCCUGAAGCCCGACUUCACCUCGCUCGACGUGCUGACGUUCGCCGGGAGCGGGAUUCCGGCGGGGAUCAACAUCCCAAACUACGACGAAAUCCGGCAGACGGUGGGCUUUAAAAACGUCUCGCUCGGUAACGUGCUGGCAGUGGCCCACGCUACCCAGAAGGAGAAGCUCACCUUCCUGGAAGAGGAGGACAAGGACCUGUACAUUAAGUGGAAAAGCCCCUCCUUCGAGGUUCAGGUUGGCCUCCACGAGCUGCUGGGACACGGCAGUGGGAAGCUCUUCGUUCAGGACGACAAGGGGAAGUUCAACUUCGACACGGCCCUGGUGAAUCCGGAGACGGGCGAGACGGUUAAAAGCUGGUACAAGCACGGCGAGACCUGGGACAGCAAGUUCUCCACCAUUGCCUCCACCUACGAGGAAUGCCGGGCCGAGUGUGUUGGCUUGUAUCUCUGCCUCAACCGGGAGAUACUGAAGAUCUUCGGCCACGAGGGGAGUGACGCCGACGACGUUAUCUACGUGAACUGGCUGACGAUGGUGCGGGCAGGAGUGCUGGGCUUGGAGUUUUACACCCCCGAGAACCAGAAAUGGAGGCAGGCUCACAUGCAGGCUCGCUUUGUCAUCCUCCGGGUGCUGCUGGAAGCUGGCCAGGGCUUCGUCACCAUCCGGCAGACCACCGGCGCCGACGGCAAACCGGACGCCAUCAUCACCCUCGACCGCAGCAAGAUCGCCACCGUCGGCAUGGCAGCCAUCGAGGCUUUUCUGAGGAAGCUGCAGGUGUACAAGACGACGGCUGACGUGGAGGCGGGCAGGGCGCUGUACGCCAGGUACUCGGAGGUGACGGACGCCGAGCCGCAGAGGUUCCUCACCCUGCGGGAGACCGUGCUGCUGCGCAAGGAGGCACGCAAGAUGUUCGUCCAGGCCAACACUCGGAUAGAGGGAGGGGACGUCCAGUUGCAGAACUACGAGUCCUCGGCGGCAGGCCUGAUCCAGUCCUUCGUCGAGCGCUUCGUGGAAGGCGGCGAGGAGCUGGAAUCGUGCCUGAGGGAUCUCUCCUGCUCCGAUUCCAAACACUGGGACUGUUGAAAUCGGCCACCACCCCAACUCCCGUCUACCUCUUCCCGGGCAAAACAAGUUUCCGAUGAAUGUAAAUUCUACCCCCCCCCCUCCAGUUUAAUCCUUUUUUUAAAAAAAAAAUUUGAUUUUGUAGGCAGAGGUAGAGCUUUGUACUCCAAAGAUUUGAGCCUACAGGAUUUGUUUGAAUGAAGAGGGUCUUUAACUGAGUUAACACAGUGUAGGCGAGUGCUAGCUGAGAGUGCCCUCCCCCCUCCCACCCACCCUUUUCUAACCGAGCCUCUGCCCUUAACAUCUGGGGUUCGAGAUACGGGGAAACAGUCCGCCGCAAAAUAGCGGCGCGCGCGGUCCCGGCCAGAUCCGAGUUCAGAACUGCGCCCCAGCCGUAGACCUGCUGAUGCCGAGGACUGGCUUUUGAGAUGAGUGCCGGCCCUAUACGGAACCGGGUUCUGACCCGGUCCGAGACCCCCGAACGGGCUUCCUGACUUCGCCCCCCCCGCCCCCCCCCGCAGAAGCCGAGGCCCACCUCGGGGACCCCCUCCCACACCCGUGAUGGCAGCGGCUCACUGCGUCCCAGGUACCGGGGUGAGCAAGGGCCCUGUGGUUAUUGUUCUUAAGGCCCAGCUUAACCCCCACCCCGCUGCUCUUCCCCCUCCCAACUUAAUCGGAAGUCCUGGUUGCUCUGUCACGGUUGGGCAACGCAGUCUGGCCGGUGAGGAGGAUUUUUUUUGUGGGGUGGGGCUUUUUGUUUUCCUUGUACUACAAAUAAAGUGUC